AUUUCAAGUAAGGCUUCCAGCUUUCUUUCUUUCCUUUUUUUUUCCUUCAAAGCUUGUAAUGUAUAUUGAACCGGCUGGUUUGAUAGCUUGAGUCGAUCAUAAAUCAGAUCCAUGUAAUAAUCUUCUUGAAAAAGUAAGUGUUUGUAUUUAGCUAUAACUUAUGGCUAGAUCAUUAAUGUUUUGGUCUGUUUCUUAUAGAUCAAUAUCACUAUUUAUUUGUGAAAACAUAUAUAGGCCAAUGAUUCGAAAAACCUACCACAAGAAAAGUUCUGCUGACACAAUACGUGAGACAAUGAAGGUGGAUGCCGAGGAAGUGAGGAACAAUAAGAGCCACAUGGGAGAGACUGAUAGCAAUGGUUGGGUUCCACAUGAGAGGACUGGAAUUUAUUAUCCAAAGGGCCAAGAGAAGGUGAUGGAAGGCAUACCUCCAGCAGCCGGAAAGGAUGUUGAUGUGGUCAACUGGUUUUCACACCAUGGGGAAUAUUGAGCAUAUUUUAAUUGUUCUAAUAUUUAAAGCUUAUAUAGUUAUAUAUGAAACCCGAUUCUUGUAUUCGGACUAAAAUCCAAAUGUAAUUGAAUCUGUGCUUACAUUCUAAGAAAAUCACAGAGAAUGUGUGCUUAGCAUUAUGAAAAAAUUGAGAGAAGUGCUUUAACCA